CGAAGUCUCAGACGUCAGACGACACCGCCCGUUUCCUUGCCAUCCGAAACCCCUUUUCUCGGGGCGAACGGAGAACAAGCAACCCUCAUUUCCGAAGGGAAAGUGUCUCAGGGAUGGCCUCCGUGCUGCUAUACUGGGGCGCUGUCGUCGUCCUCCUCGCCGCCUCCGCUCCCACUUCGUCUUCGAUCCCCUUCGUCGUCUUGCACGGAAUUGGGGAUGAGUGUGCCAGUAAGGGGGUCUCGCAGUUUACGCAACUUCUGGGCAAUUGGUCUCGCUCCGAGGGAUACUGCAUAGAAAUUGGAAAUGGUGUCUGGGACUCUUGGAUUAUGCCACUUCAGCAACAGGCAGAUGUUGUAUGUGAGAAGGUAAAAGAGAUGGGGGAACUUAGAGCAGGUUACAACAUAGUUGGCCUUUCUCAGGGAAACUUAAUUGGUCGAGCAGUAGUGGAGUUUUGUGAAGGUGGACCUCCGGUUAAGAAUUUCAUCUCAUUAGGGGGCCCUCAUGCUGGUAUCGCCUCUGUUCCAUUAUGUGGUUCAGGGAUCCUAUGCAAACUUGUGGAUAACCUCAUCAAAUUACAAAUCUAUUCAGAUUAUGUGCAGGCCCACUUGGCUCCUAGUGGUUACCUCAAGAUCCCAAAUGACAUCCCUGGCUAUAUGGAAGGAUGCAUGUUCUUACCAAAGCUUAACAAUGAAGAUCCUAGCAAAAGAAAUGCUACUUACAAAGAAAGAUUAAGUAGCUUACAGAAUUUGGUGCUUAUCAUGUUUGAGCACGACACAGUUUUGGUUCCUCGGGAGACAUCUUGGUUUGGAUACUAUCCAGAUGACAACUUUAACCCAAUUUUGCCUCCAAAUCAGACCACUCUCUACACUGAAGAUUGGAUCGGUCUGAAAACAUUGGACGAUGCGGGACGAGUCAAAUAUAUCAGCGUCAAAGGAAACCAUAUCAAAAUCUCUCAAAGUGAUAUGAGAAAACAUAUUGUGCCAUACCUGGAGGAGAACCCAGAGAAGUUCAUGCAAAAACUUCCUAUGAAAGAAUAGUUCUCAUAACUCUGAUCCAAGUCUUAUUCUUUUGUCCCCUACUUAAAGGGCAAACAGAUGCAAAUUUAUUGAUUGAAUCUUCCUACAUUAUCUAUGUUUUAGUGACAACAGCUACUGUCUAAAUGGCCAUUUGACAUUCUCAUUAAAAAAAAAA